CUAGGAAUGGUGGAGGGCAGCCACGUGACGUUGGGACGCCUCCAGUGUCCCAUUCUACAAUUUGCCGCACACAAUGACCUUUGAACUCGUUACCGACACAGUGGACACCAAAACGUCGCCGCUCUCGCUAGCGGCUCGCUUGUUUCACGUGACGUUCAAAUCGUCGAGCGUGUGCUACUUCAUCUGCGGAUGGCUCUUCCUCAUCGGGUCCAUCUUGUUCUAUCCCCGGUACUAUACCCUGUACGGCGAAGACGGCCUAGGCCCGUUGAUUGGCGGCUGGUUGUUCGUGUUUGGAUGUGUGGGCUUCCUUGCCGGCAGCUUGUUUGAAGUGUUCGUCGCCCGUGCGGCCCACGUUGGUGGCAGCGACUGGCAACGCUUCAUUCCCAUCACCACGUCGGUGAGCAAUGUCAUCGGGUCCGUGUGCUUUGUCUACGGUGGCGUGUACUUCUUGCCCAGCUACUACGCGGAAGACCCCGCCCUCGGCUGCUACCUCUUCAUCGUGGGCUGCUCCGUCUUUUCGUUUGCGAUCUUCGCCGACAUCCCCCGCUCGCUCCGCGCCAACCAGCCGCUGGUGGGCCUCUGGACGUCCGUCUCCUUGUUCAACAUGAUCGGCAACAUUUUGUUUAUCGUGGGCAGCUACUACUUUUUGCCCAAGUUUUUGUACGUCGAAGGCGAUGCCGCCGUGGACAAUUUGGUGUACAGCACCAACUACUUUGUCGUCGGGUCCGUUGCGUUUAUCAUCGCACCCUUCGCGCAAAUCGCCGGUACCUACAACGACCUUGUCGCCCAAGCGCCUGUUGCCAAGGCUGUAGACACUGUAGCCUAGACCUAACUUAGUUUAAAAUGUUGUAACUCUCUUCAACUGUACAGA